UUGUUGUGCUGUACUCGCCUCAACGCAGCAGUAUACGUUACGUUAAGUAUCGUUUUGGCUGGGACAAAGGAUUUAAACGCCACUUUUGCUGUGGGCAGCUCUCCAUCCCCAAACAUGGUUCAGAAUUACAAGCAGAUGUCCGGAGACUGUUCCCCAACCAACACCGAGGAACUACUCACACCAGCACACGAGGAAAAUGUGCGAUUCAUUCAUUACACUUGGCAGCGAGUAAUGAGAGAAAUGCAGACUUGCCAGGGAAGUGAAAACAAUAACCAGGGGCCUCAGAAGUAUGUGGAAAGGAUGCCAAACCCUGCACUAAGCUCUUUUACACCAGUCGACUUGAAUGAUGUGAAAAGGAAAAACACACAAGAGUCCAAGAAGUCUUUAUGAAAUUUGUAUGUUAACUUCUUGCCUGAUGCACUGAUUAUUAUUACUCAGACCAUUUAUCUGCUGAUCCCUGAUGCAUACCUUUAUUCAAGUGAUAAGCGUUCAUUGAUGCCUACUCCGUCCUAUGUUUAAGGACAAAUGAUGCUCCUUGAAAUAAUGUUUUUAUAAUUCCCAUUCCUUUUCAUAGAGUGCUGCAGAUAUUUUCAAGUAGCACUUUUUCUUCCAAGAAUGUAUAUUUUUGUAGGCCAAACCAGAAGUUAGCAUCACCCUGGUUUCCUCAACAAAAACCCAUUAGGAUUUUUUCAUUGGCUUUUGGAUUAUUGCAGAAAAUAAACUGUGGCCAACAAAAGGUUAUGAUUCUUAUGUUUUGUUCUUUGUAAUAAUCUUCACAAAUGAAUACAACUUUAAUGAAUUUUUAAAAUACAAUUGGUGAAAGUAAUAAGCUAAUCGUAGACAAUAAACAAACUACACUACAAUCUCAUGUUGAAGCUGUCACCACCAUUAAGUGUCCAACAACUAUUUAUUUAUUUAUCCCCCCCACACAAGGGGUAAUACUUAUGUAUUUUUGUAAAAUAAAACGUGAAAAUAUCCCGAGCUUGUGUUACCUUACUUCAGGCAUUUAACCAAAAACCCAUUCCAAAAAAAAAAAAAAAGAGACUUUAGGAUGAUUGAAUCGGAAGUGCUAAAAUGCUUACUCGUUUCUGGGUUUUGACCUACAAAAAUGUAUCAUCCCUGCAGCACUAUAUUUAUGCUCAUGUAAACCAGCAUAUAGGGCAAAAAGUAUGACUUUUUGAUCUAUGAUGAUCACCCAUAAAACCAAAAUGAACAAAUUUAUAAUAAUAAUAAAAAAUUGUUAUUGUAUUUUUCAGUAUAAUUAUUCCACAGCCACAUUAUUUUUCUUCAGAUGUUGCAAGGAAACAGAAAAGAUUGGAUAAUGUGCUCAUAGGUAAGCUAAUAAACCUGUUUUCUAAAGAACUGCAAUUAUUAAUACACUCUGAAUACCUUCUUGGUUUACAGAUGUCUAUAAGAAGAAUACAGCACAAAGAUUUGGAAUAGACGAAUGCAUGUGUACUGUGUACUGUUACACUUAGAAGCAGUAACUUGUUCAAGAUAGCCAGGCUGGCUCAACUUACCCUGGGCAAGCAUGUGCCAGUGCCACUCUUUUGAAAGUCAUAUUUCUUAUUUCAGUUCCUCACAUCCCUCCUUGCUGCAUUAGUUUAUUUCAAUACCUUUGUCUCAGUUGUACAAGUUGUAUGUUGUUGGCAGUUUGCAUAUUAUUAGAGUCAGUUAUUUGGCUGCAGCCUACAAAUAUGUCUGCGAUAUGUAAGAAUAUCCUUCUUUUUAAAAAUAAAAAUAAAAAAAAUAUUUAAUAUACAUUCAGUAAUGAGGUUUAGAGUGGGGCCUCUGUUAUGAAUUAUUUUUAGGAAAUGAUUAUAAUCAAUUACCAUAUGGCUUACAGACAAUCAAGGCAUAUAAAAUCUACAUAAAUCUGGACAAAUAGGCAUGUUAAAAUUAACUCCAUUACAAUGUUAUGUUAACUAAGAAUGACAACUUUACUUUCUCAAAAUAACUCAUGAAGGUAUGAGAAUGUUAUCAGUUUUAAAUGGUGGGAGUUUCAUGUCAGUUAUUUGGGAUAUGCACAAAUGCAUACCACUGUCAGUGUCCUGUGACAUUCUGUACUGUGUUCAUAAUCUAAAAUGACUGUCCCUUGGACUGCCAAUCGCAGUCACCUGUUUUGUACAAAACCAUACCAUGUUGAUUUUAAAUUUGAAUGUCAUUUUGUGGGAUAUUUAACCAUAAAAACAUUUAUUAUAAUAAACAAACAAAAGUAACAA